AUCGGCAAUCGGUUGACUCGUUUUGCUCUGCCGAGAUACGAUCACCAUCGGUGAACGCUCGGAUUGCCAUGGAGCUCGGGGAGACGGCUCGGGAGGGGAGAGGGCAAAGAAAAAGCCUAGAGACGAGCUUGGAGGGCAAGAAGGUGGUCCUGGUGCCAUACAUGGAGGAGCACGUGCCUCGAUACCACGAAUGGAUGCAGGACCCGUCCCUCCUCCUCGCCACCGGCUCCGAGCCCCUCACCCUCGAUCAGGAGUACCAGAUGCACCUCUCCUGGACCCAAGACCCCAACAAGCAUACAUUUAUAGUGCUGGACAAGGAGUUGAUCGAGGGUAGCUUCGUCCAUGGAGAUCCCCACGUUGAAGCCAUGGUUGGUGAUGUGAAUAUAUACAUGAAUGAUCCAGAUGACCUACAAACAGCAGAAAUUGAGAUCAUGAUAGCUGAAACAAAAAGCCGUGGCAAGGGGCUUGGAGAAGAAUCAGUCUUGUUGAUGAUGGCAUUUGCAGUUGAGAAUUAUGGAAUUCAAAAGUUCCGCACAAAAAUUGGAGAUUCAAACACAGCAUCACUUAAUCUCUUCCGGAAAUUGGGCUUUGCUGAUGCUUCUUACAGUGAAGUCUUCAAAGAGGUGACUCUGGAGUUGCCUGUGACGGAGCAAUUCUUUAAAUGCCUUCUAACUUAAACAAGUAAACUGAAAUCCACCUUGAUGGUGAACAUGAGCUUGAUUCAAAUGUUAGUAGAUGAAUAUUAACAUGUAUCCUUAACGCAUGGUGUGUAUGCCACUGACAUCUUGCCGCAAAGUAUCACUCUUCCAAUAUGAACUUGAUGCAGCUGUACCAGAUAGGCUUUAGUGAUGCUAACAGGAUUUUUGCCACUUGAGUGAUGAACUAUGUUUGUUACGAACCACAAGGAUUAUGCCAGGAUUCUUUAAGCCCCUCAAGUCAGGUGAUGAAUGUGAAUUGUGAUAAUUUUGUUAUACAUGUUUUAUGGUGUUAUUCUCUCCAUAUCAUUUCAACCUAAGGUACCUUCAUAGUCAUUUUCAAGUGGCUAGAGAUGGAUGGGCAUCGAAUAGUCUAGCAGCUCAUAACUCGCACCAUCUCAUGCGGAGUGGGAUGCAGCAAUAGCGUUUAAAGAGCAUUCAUCCACGUGGACAAACAUAUUAUCGAAAAUGAUGGGCAGAACAACAUGAGUCCCAUACUUACCAAUACAUAAAAUGAUUCGUGUUUCAGUGUAUUGAAAUUGUAUGAAAUUUCUUGGUCUCCUUUUACUUGUAAUGUUAAUUCAUAAAUAUAUGAGUCAUUUCUAUUUUUAUAAUUCAUAUACUUAUGUGAUAAAAGGGUAGGCAAAGGUGUUGAGAUGCAUAGAAGAUUGCCAUUUCAACUAUACAAAGACAUGAUAGUCAUUUUCGUGGAGACCCAUAUUACUCUCGAGUUCAUUUAAUAGGACUAUACAU